AUGUCUUUCGGAUUCUCCAUAGGCGAUAUCGUUCUGCUUAGUCAGCUAGCGUACAAGCUUUAUUCGAAUGUCACCAGCGGGAGGAAAGGAGCAUCCCACGACCUAAAAGGGCUCAAGGAUGAACUCUUCAGUCUUCGAUGCGCAUUCGAUCAUCUUCGAGCAGUGGCUCAUGAUAUCCUGGCAGAACCAAAUACCCGGCAAGAUCUGGAUCAGAUUCUAACGUCGUGCGGCUCCACGCUUCAAGAACUUGAUGACGUCACCAAAGGGUACCGAGAAGCGGUCAUUGGAAAUGAAGAAGAUAUCAGUCAGGGGAAGAAACCGGACAAAAAGCCGAUCAUUGGUGGUAUGGUGAAGAAAGUUAAAGGAAACUGGAUGAAGGUGCGAUGGGACCUGGAGAAGCAGACACCCCAGCAAUACCGCGAGAGGCUCCAAUCACACACCACCGCCAUCAACAUAAUAGUGAACUCCGUCAUCUUGUCGACCGUCAGUAUGGCAGCGGCGGCCAGCAAAAGCAACCACGAGAAGACGCACAAGUUGCUUGAGCAGGGGCUAAAGCGCCCACAGCCGGAUAAAUCAUCGAGACCAGCGGCAAUUGCUUCAAACAGCCUGAGUGCUCAGCAAAAUCCAACCAUAGCUGCGUUGAGCAUUGAGCAUGCCCCGCUUAAUUGUGCCCAAAAGACUAUUUUCAGCCCGCAUUCAGAACGCUGGCAUACCGGUCGCUUAGAUGGAAGAACAUCAGAUUCUGUGUCUGCUUACUUCGUAGACGCAUCGUUGGAACGGACGCUGGGUCGCGGUAGGAUAGAAUUAACUCCGUCUGUGGUGGCCGUCAAUAUCGAGCGCCGUGUUUUAGGGAUGCGCGAAUUCGAAACCUUCACUCAGCGCAACACUCAGCGCCAGAGGAGGGCCGUAAGGCCUAAAAGGCCAGCUUUUCUCGCACUCCGGACGCCAACCAUCCAGCAACUGCAAGACGGUCUGGCAUACGUCUUCCACCCUCUGUCUGAUGUUAUCGGAGAGAAUGUUGCAAGUCGGAGCGCGGCGCAAACCAACGAAGUCCUUCAGUGGAUCGAAGGCUUUCGCCAAUCUGUGGAAAGUACCGCAUGGAAUUUCGAUCAAAGCAAGGGAUUGAUUGAUUUGAUGGUGGCACUCAACGGUGCGGUGGAGAAGAGUGACCCCAGAACAAGAGCCUCGUUCUACACCGGUGCUGAUCAGGUGGGAUUGAUGGAGGUACUAGCGCAAGCACAAAGUAGUUCCAAGAGCGUGAGGAUCAUGAAAGAGAUCGAAGAGUUUCAGGAGGUGAAAGAAGAAUGGCUGGACCAACAAAACUAA